CCAGAACUCUAUCCCUAUACAUGUUCUCCUUCUUCCUCCUCGUCUGUCUGAUGCUUUCUGCAGCUGCUUCACAUCAUCACUCCCGGAAAUCAUCUUCUAGUGAUGAGAAGCAUCUGCCGGAGCGAGACGUUCUUCAUCAGCAGGUUCAGGUUUUUGUGUUCCUCUGCCAUCAUGUGGAGCGCCGUGUUCUUCUUCUCCUUCAUCUGUGUGGUCUCUGCUGCACCGCUCUCCAAAUUCUACAGCUUCCUGCCACAUCAUACAAGCCAUCUUCCAUCAAAACCCUCCAACCAGGCUGCAAACGACAAGCCCUUACCAUCAUAUCUGCAGGGAUUGAUCACGCCCAUCAGCAUGGAGAUCUUCCUUCCACAGAGAUUGCGGGAAACAGCAGCAGGAGCUGGGACCAACAGCAUGUUUCCUGGACUUCCAGCACAUCUUCAGCCUGGAGUGAACGCUCCCAUCAGCAUCGAGAUCUUUCCUCCAGGUUUCCAUGGAACUGCAGCAGGAGGACAAGGAUCAGAAACUGGUUUCAUCAAGUACUCCAUCCCUAAAGCUCCCGGUAGAAAGAGUGUAGAAAUCUUUUAUCCCUACAACUUCGACAAGGUCGAGAUGUUGCCAAACUUGAUGCAGCAAAUCCCCAAUAUGUUCCCUUUCAAUUAUCCACCACAGACCGGACCUCAGCCUCACCUACCGCGGGUAACAUUUUAG